GUUUUGACAACUCGUAAACAACAUUUAGUAAUGGUAAAAUAGGUAACAAAAAAAUCAAAUAUGUUACCUUCGUUGAGCACGAUUCUGACGAUUUUAUUCUUCGGAUUCAUCUUUAAAUCGAUGUACAGCCUGUACACCGUCUUCCAGCCGCCGCGAUGCCAGAAUAUAAAGGGCGAAAACUGCUUCAAAUCCUAUUUGAACGACGAGCCCAAGAUGGACCUGUUGGUAUUCGUCACCGAUAACUCGAAAUCGGGCAACAUGCAGGAGAUCCUACGCGAGAGACCCUUCGAUUACACCAAACCAUUGGAAAAAAUCGUGUCGUUGGAUAUCACGAAACCUGUAAGAAACAACGGAUCGUUCAUCAUACAUUCCGUUCUCCUGCCGAGCGACGAAGCCGCCGCGAUCGACGCCAAAGAUCAAUACACCUUGUACGAUCUGGUGGCUUCGCAGCAAUCCACCUACGUUAACGCCCGUUUAACCAAAUACGCUGUACCGGUGAAGUCCUCGUUCAACCUACUCAAAGACAUGGGCACUAACACCCGCUCCUCCGAUCUACCGGUCCCCCAUUUAAAGUCCAAGUACGUGAUAACGAUGUGCUCGGAGAAGAUAAACGUGUCCUCGGUACCGUUCGAGCUCGCCAAGAGUUUCCGAGUAACCAGAAAAAGCGAGUUCCUGCCGCUCUUCCAAAACGACGUGCUGAGCAUGCGCACCAAAGAUCUAGUAGAAAUAACCCAGGACACUAGAUCGAUGAAUCUAACGUACAUAUACAAUCCCACGACGAUGGGGAAGCUUCGGUUUCUGAUACAAAUCGAAAUGACCCUACGACAGUUCAUCAGUUUAGGUUUCACGGAAAAGGAUCUGGACGAUGUGAAGGGAAUAUUCGCCGAUACCAGUUUGUAUUUGUUAUGCCUGACGUUCUUCAUCGGUAGCGUACACCUACUGUUGGAUUUUCUGUCGUUCAAAAGCGACGUGAGCUUCUGGAAAUCGCAGACGUCCAUGGCCGGUCUGUCCACUCGAGCGGUACUGUGGAGGGCGUUUUCGCAGACCGUCGUGUUUCUGUUUCUGCUCGACGAAGGUACUUCCCUGCUGGUGUUGGUACCCAGCGGUAUAGGCACUUUAAUCGAGUUUUGGAAAGUCAGCAAGGUGUUCAAAACGAAGAUAUCUUGGAGGGGGAUCUCGUUCGAUAGGGAUCGCAAGGAGACGGACGAGGAGAAAUUGACGAGGAAAUACGACGAGGAAUGCAUGAAUUAUUUGAGCUAUUUGAUCUACCCUUUGUGCGUUGGAUCCGCCGUUUAUUCGCUCAUGUACCAACCGCAUAAAAGUUGGUAUUCCUGGACGAUAAACAGCGCCGCCAACGGCGUGUACGCCUUCGGAUUCGUCUUCAUGACGCCCCAACUGUUCGUGAACUAUCGCCUGAAAUCGGUGGCCGCGUUACCGUGGAAGGCCUUCACCUAUAGGGCAUUCAACACCUUCAUCGAUGACGUAUUCGCUUUCGUCAUUUCCAUGCCGAUGGCGCACAGGGUGGCUUGUUUCAGGGACGAUAUCGUCUUCGUGAUUUAUUUGUACCAAAGAUGGUUGUAUCCGGUGGAUAAGUCGAGGAGGGAAGGAUACGCCGGUGAAGACAUUCCAGUAGAAUCUAAGAAAGAUGAAUAAAUUGAUGUUUAAAUAUAUGUAUACAGUUGUUAAGUUAUUUUAUGUAAUUUAUUUAAUAAACUAAAACUAUA